AACGCAGCCUGGCGUCACGUGACCCGGCAGUGACGUCACGUGUCUUCUCAUAGCAACAACACUGUUAGCUGUUGUUCAUCUCGAAACUCAUUUCUCACGCAGAAAUACUCAAAUACUGAAAAUGGCUGAAGUGGAGGAAACUCUGAAGAGGAUCCAGACCCAGAAAGGAGUGCAGGGGAUUAUCAUCGUCAAUUCAGAAGGAAUCCCCGUGAAGACGACUCUGGACAACGCGAGCACGGUGCAGUACGCAGGGCUGAUCCACCAGCUGGUGAUGAAGGCCAGGAGCACGGUGCGAGACAUCGACCCGCAGAACGACCUCACCUUCCUGCGCAUCCGCUCCAAGAAGAACGAGAUCAUGGUCGCUCCAGAUAAGGACUAUUUCCUGAUCGUGAUCCAGAACCCCUCGGACUGAAAAAGACGGAGCUGCUUCCCGAACUCAUUUCCCUCUCUCUCAUAUUUAAAUGUAAAACAGCCAAACAUUUCCUUUGUCCCGUUAUGAAUGAAAAGAACCAGGACGUUUCUAAGCACUUGCUGUACCAGGAAGUGAUGAUUUCAAGGUUAAUGAAAUCACUCCGCAGGCUCAUUUCUUUUCCCAUGUUUAAUCCAUUCCAGGUCUGCUCUCUAUGCAUACUGUGUGUGUUUUGAAGGUAUUUCAGCACACGGUGAGAAGUGCACACAUGCAAGGAAAUGCAGAUAGGGAGCAGUGCGUUAAAGCCCGCUCAGUGUAGAGGAGAGACGGCAGCACAUCUUCAGGAGGGUUUGCAAUUCCACCUUUAUCAAAAAAAACUAAAGACCGGGAUUGUUAUUUAUUGUUUUGUUGGCUAAAAAGAUGUUGAAGUGCAGCAUUUCAGUGGUGAGCGGCGAACAACACUACACACCUUUCUGCUCUGCCAUGGCACGCGUCUGAUGGUUAUUUUUAUCAAAUUAAAAAAAGUCAAAAAUU